CUCAAAAUCUAUUCUUUGCUCUCUGUUUCUCUCUCUGCUUCUUCUGAUCCUCAAUGUGUUUGAUAAUGGAAGCGGCGGAUGAUCACGUCGACGGUGGUAUUUUAUCGAAUUUCUCGAUGGUUGAAGACGGGAUUUACCGGUCCGGGUUUCCUAAACCGGAGAAUUUCGGUUUUCUCACAACCCUAAAUCUUCGUUCCAUCAUAUAUCUUUGUCCUGAGCCAUACCCGGAGGAGAAUCUCAAGUUUCUUGAGGCUAACAACAUUAAACUUUUCCAAUUUGGAAUCGAAGGCAAAACGGAUCCUCCAACUCCUAUGCCAAAAGAUACGGUUUUGAAUGCUCUCAAAGUCUUAGUUGAUGUAAGAAACCAUCCUAUUCUCAUACACUGCAAAGCCGGAAAGCAUAGGACAGGUUGUUUGGUGGGAUGCUUAAGGAAAGUUCAGAGAUGGUGUUUAUCAUCGGUGCUCGAGGAAUAUCAGAAGAACGCUGGUUUGAAGUGGAGACAAAGGGAUUUGAAUUUUAUUGAGGCGUUUGAUACCCUGAGCUUGAGGCAGUGUCUAUUGAGCAUCAUGUAUCGUUAUCACGGCUAUGGCUUCAAGAGGAAAAGGCUUCUCCAUGAAGAAGAAAAUGUCCAGACGCCGAAACUGCAGGCUGCUAAAGUUUGAAAAUGAGAGCUAACCAAGUGGGACAUGGUUCGAGUUUUAAUUUGAGGUUCCAUUUAUCGGUCAGUGGAUGAGGAGGAUAAGUUGGUCUAUGUCAAGAUUCAUAAAUAGGAGUUUAAUUUGAUUGUUUAGGAAUAGAAGUGUACAGAAAGGCUACUCUUCAUAAGAUACUGAUGCAUGAGAGGUCUAAUUAACUCAAUAAUGCAUGUCAUUGUAGUAGCCAUUAUCAUUAUUUAUCUUAUAAUAAACUAAAAGACCAGAGAACAAUAUAACAA